AUACGGACGGCUUGUUUCUCUGUUCGCAAGAAAAUGGCGAGUUUCGUGCUCAGGCGUGCGGCGGGAAGACUAGCACCCAACUCUCUUCAGCGGUGGGCGUCUGCAGCUGCCGUUCCCCUGACGGAGAGCCUCCCUUACUACGAGGGCGCCGAACCGGACUCGAGGAAACCCCCCGAGGGCGUCAAGGUACACCUAACAAGCCAUCGAUCUAAGAGACAAGUCUCCGAUUUCUUUGACCAGGUGACCAAGUUGAGCAAUGGAGUCACGGUGGCUUCGUUGGAGACUCACUCCUUCUCCUCCACGUUGUCUGUCUACGUGAGAGCCGGGAGCCGCUUCGAGACCUACUCCCAACAGGGGCUCUCCCACCUUCUCAAGAAAGCUGCCUUCCUGGCUGCAGGUGGUCGGAGCACUUUUAGAGUUUUUCGUGAGAUCGACCAUGUCGGAGGCUCUCUCAGUGCUGCAAAUACCAGGGAACACGUGGUGUAUCGGGCACAACUUCUACGUGGAAACGAGGACCUGGCGUUGGAUAUUCUGAGCAAAGCUGUAGUCUCACCAGACCUUCGGGAUUGGGAGAUUCAAGAUCUGACUCCCAGGCUAGCUCUGGAGGUGACUGCCCACGAGGACGACCCAGAGUCCUCCAUUACCGAGACCCUACAUGGAACAGCUUUCAGGAAUGCCCUGGGCAACUCUGUGUUGACCCCAAGGUUCAACCUGGGCCACGUGACUGCUAGCGAUUUGAGGGCUUACAUGGACGAGUGGUUUGUCGGCAGAAGAAUUACUCUAGUGGGCAUAGGAGUGGAUCACCAGGAGCUGGUAUCGAGAGCAGAAUCCUCAUUCUCCUCUGUCAGAGAAGGUCCCUCCAGUGACGAGGAGACCUGCCACUACUGUGGAGGUGGUGAAGUGCAUGUUCCGUCAAGAAGUGGACUCACUCAUGCAGCCAUUGUCUCUAAAAGGGAGCCAGUUAGUCUGUCAUCAGAACAGGACGUCCUGUUAGCUGGUGUCCUACAGCAUCUGAUGGGUACUGGAGAGUCGGUCAAAUGGGGCAGUUCACCAUCACGUCUUGUGAAAGCUGGGUCUGAGGCCAUCGACACACCUUUUGACGCUUGUGCUCUCAACUUCAGCUACUCUGACAACGGUCUCUUUGGGUUCUAUGUGGUUUCAGAACCCCAGAACGCCGGAAGGUUGCUCCAAGCUGUGAUGCAGGAGUUCAGCAGUGUGGCAAAAGGCGACGUGUCUGAUGCAGACCUCACACGAGCCAAGAACCAGCUGAAGGCCAGGUAUCUGAUGGGAGUCGAACAGUCCACCUCUCUCUCUGACAGCAUCGCAGCUCAGUUGACCCAGAAUGGAGACUACACUCCUCUAACCACAACCAACCAGAAAGUCGAUGCCAUUACUAAAGAUGCCAUCGUUCAAUUUGCCAAGAGUGUGUUUGCAACUCGGUCGACGUUUGUCGCCCGUGGCAACCUCUCGGCCACACCUCGCAUGCAGCAGCUGCUGGAGGGCGUGUCUCUCAGAUGAACUCUGAACUCAGUCAACUGGAAACCAUAGGCAAACUCUCUCCUUAGUCUUGGCACUGUCAUAUUGUAUAGCUGUCGACAUGUGUAUAUUAUGCACCUUAGGAAAUGUUAUUUAUGUCAAGUUCGUACUUGAUGCAAAGUUAUGCAACGAUUUGCACAAUAUCUGAUGAUGUCGAACAAGUUAAAAUCAUGUACAUGUGUUCAACCUGAAAGAAAAUGAUUUGCCUAUAUAUGUGGUAGUCACAAUUAUUGACAUUCAGUAUUGUUUUUGAUGGGUGUACAGUCUUGUCUGUGGUGGUUAGUGCUAGAAGAUGGCCUCCUCCUCCUCCUCUAUGGCAGUUAGUUCUACAGUUGAUGGCCAUGAAGAGACCUGUGACAAGCAGCAUGAGGACGAAGUAGAGGAAGAACUGGUACACUAGUGAGAUUGGGAUCUGGACCACCGCCGCGUUGAGGAGCACACCCAUGGCCUGGGCUAUGUACCACAGAGCUGUCACCAGAUUCCUUAGGUCAGGUGGGGCCUGUGAGUAUGCCAACUCCAGUCCAGUCACACUCACUAGGAUCUCGGCAAAAGAGAUGAGCACUAAUUGGGGUAGCUGCCAGGCGAGGCUCACGUCACCGUGGCAGUGCUCUCGACCAGGAGGCAAGUGGAUAUACAGCUGGAGAAGGCCUGACAUUAGGAAGCUGAAUGCAGCAAACAGCAUCCCGGCAACUAGCUUGUGUAUUGGGCGGAGUUUAACUCUCAUGGAGCUCUCGAUGUGGGGGUAGAUGAGGUAGUCCAGUAGGGGGAUGAUGAGUAUACAGAGAACAUCAUUCACACUCGGCAUUAUAUCUGGACCCAGCAUUGGUAUAUACGUUCACACUCAACAGAACGAAAGAAAGAAGCCUUAUGCACACUUCAUCGUUAACUGGGAUUCAG